AGCUGUCUGCUCAGGAGGAAGUACACGGAGGGCUCUCCGAAGAGACCUUCUGAAAGGACUUGGCGGGAAAUAGGAGAGGAGGCACCAGCAUCUGGGACUUGCGUGUUCUGACUGCUGUUACCUAGAAAACAGGGAAGGUUCAAACAUGCUUUGGCUGCAGAAAUUCCAGAGGCUUUGCAUCCUAUGGGGGACUCGGAUACCCAAACGUACUGUCCACGUUUAUACAAGGCAACUGGCAUCCCUGCAGUGGGGCUACCAGGAAGUUCCUCCCAAAUUUAACUUUGCUAGUGACGUGCUGGAUCACUGGGCUGACAUGGAGAAGGCUGGAAAGCGACACCCUGGCCCAGCCCUGUGGUGGGUGAGUGGCGAUGGGGAUGAAGUGAAGUGGAACUUUAGUCAACUGAGUGAACUUAGCCAGCAAACAGCCAACGUCUUCUCAGGGCCAUGUGGCCUGCAGCGUGGGGACCGGGUGGCCGUGGUGCUUCCCCGGGUGCCUGAGUGGUGGCUGGUGAUCCUCGGCUGCAUGCGAGCAGGCCUCGUCUUCAUCCCUGGAACUAUCCAGCUGAAACCCAAAGACAUUCUCUAUAGGCUGCAGGUGUCUAACACCAGGGCCAUCGUGGCUGGGGACGAAGUGGCCCAGGCAGUGGACACCGUGGCACCUGACUGCCCUGCUCUGAAAACAAAAAUACUGGUGUCUGCGAAAAGCCGGGAAGGGUGGCUGGACUUCAAGACGCUACUACGGGAAGCGUCUACCACUCAUCGCUGCGUGGAGACUGGAAGCCAAGAGGCAGCUGCCAUCUACUUCACCAGUGGGACUAGUGGCCUCCCUAAGAUGGCAGAACACUCCCACUCAAGCCUGGGGAUCAAGGCCAAGAUGGAUGCUGAAACUUGGACAGGCCUGCAAGCCUCUGAAAUAAUGUGGGCCAUAUUAGACACAGCUUGGAUACUGAACUUCUUGGCCUCGUUGCUGGAACCUUGGACAUUGGGAGCAUGCACUUUUAUCCAUCUAAUGCCGAAGUUUGACCCACAGGUCAUUCUAAAGGUGCUGUCCACCUAUCCAAUCAACAGCAUGCUAGGAGCACCCCUUAUUUACCGGAUGUUGCUGCUACAGGACCUUUCCAGCUACAAGUUCCCACAUCUGCAGCACUGCUUCAGUGGAGGGGAGAGCCUCCUUCCAGAAACCCUGGAGAACUGGAAAGCCCAGACAGGACUGGACAUCCGAGAAUUCUAUGGCCAGACAGAAACGGGACUCACUUGCAGAGUUUCCAGGACAACGAAAGUCAAACCUGGCUGCAUGGGAACUGCAAUUCCCCAUUAUGAUAUGCAGGUCAUAGAUGACAAGGGUAACGUCUUGCCUCCUGGUACAGAAGGUGACUUGGGCAUCAGGGUCAAACCCAGCAGGCCUAUAGGCAUCUUCUCUGGCUAUGUGGACAAUCUUGAGAAGACAGCAGCCAACAUUAGAGGGGACUUUUGGCUGCUGGGGGACCAGGGAAUCAAGGAUCAAGAUGGAUAUUUCUACUUCAUGGGGCGGGCAGAUGAUAUCAUUAACUCCAGCGGGUACCGGAUUGGGCCCUCAGAAGUGGAGAAUGCCUUGAUGGAGCACCCUGCUGUGGUUGAGGCAGCUGCAGUGAGCAGCCCGGACCCCUUCCGAGGAGAGGUAGUGAAGGCAUUUGUGGUCCUGGCCCCACAGUUCCUGUCCCGUGACCCGGACCAGCUCACCAAGGAGCUGCAGCAGCAUGUGAAGUUGGUGACAGCCCCGUACAAGUACCCAAGGAAGAUGGAGUUCGUCUUGCACCUGCCUAAAACCAUCACAGGGAAGAUAAACCGGGCGAAGCUUCGCGACAUGGAGUGGAAGAAGUCUGGGCAAGCAGGGGCCCAGUGAGACCUGCAGGAAGUUUUACUUUGGGUCCUUUCCUUCUUCCCAUUUCAUUUUCCUUUGGAUCAUCUGCCUUCCUCUAAGGAUAUCAGAUUCUUUAUGACAAGACGUGAUCUAAUUUUUGUCUUUCUUAGUUAUUAUUGCAAAAUCUUGCCAUGUUAGGUAUUGAGAAAAGAAAAGGAGGGAAGGAAUGAGUGAGAAGAAAGGAGAGAAGAGAGAAAAAAGAAACAAAAAUGAGAGAUUCAAAUACCAAAAGAAAAACUGAGAAAAAAAAAAAGAGAGAGGGAGGGAUGUGGGAAGGAGGCUGGGAGGAAAGAUGGAAAGCAUUAGAGGAAGGAAAAGAAAUAGAAAAAGGAUUAAAAAAAAAGAAGGAAAGGAGGAAAGGAAAAGAAAGAAUACGAUAAAAUAGUCAGAGGAACUGAUAAUGAAAAAUGAUGGAAGACAGAAAGAAUGAGAGAAAUAGAAGGAAGGAAAUAUAAUUACUCCCACAAGUAGACAGGUAAAUAGUGACAGAAUCAUGCAGAAAAUUAGGUCUUAGAAAGGAAAUGAAAGACCAUAACACCCCAUUGUACCCCUAGGAUAAAAACUCCAGAUGGAGAGACUUGUAUGUGUAGUUGGGACAUUAGAAUCAUCUUCAAGUGACUCCAAAUUUGGGGGCAGUUAUGACCAGAGAUGGGGAAACCACCAUUUAUUGGGCAUUUGCCACAUGCAAAGCAUUGUCCUAGGCAUUUUAUGAAGAUUGUUGUGUUUUGUUUCUGCAUGGCAUCUACAAACUUCAGAUCAUAGCUGUGAGAACAGUGUAGGCACCUAGGCACCUAGGCACCUCAAAAAGGUGCCCCUUCCCUUGUGGCUUAAGGGGUUUUUUGGCAUCUACUCUUCCUAGAAAAAAAUAAUAAAAUAAUUUGUUAAAUCAA